AGGAUCCGUGGAAAGGGCUAACCAAGAUGUUGAGAAGAUGCUAGCAUCUUGGAUGCACGACAAUAAAAGUACUAACAGGUCUAACGGUCUCAAAUUUGUUCAAUUCAUGAAAAAUAGAGCAUUUCAUUCAGGGAUAAAGCAGUCUCCGUACCAAGCAAUGUUUGGAACUAAACCUAAAGUGGGACUAACAACAUCAAAGUUUCCUUUAGAGAUUAUAAAUGGAUUGAACAAUGAAGAAGAAUUGCAACUUGCAAUCACAGAGUUAAAUCGAAACUUCAGUGAUAAUGAUAAUGCAGGAAAUCAAGAUGAACAGGAAAAUAAUGACACUGAAGAAGUUGGUGAAGAUGAAGAUGACGAUGACGAUGGAGAAAAUGUAGAACAAGAAACUAUUAAUCAUAACAGUAAGGAAACAAUGAUAUUGGAAGCAAGAGAAAAAGCACAUUGCAAUUUAGCAAAACAAGCAAAAAGAAUGAAAACAGCAAGUGAUCAAUCUCAUCCACCGUUGAAAGUCGGAGACAAUUUGAUCAUACCGAUUCCAGACGUAGACAAAGGAAAGGCAGACCUUCGUAAUGUAAUUGGAGUUGUACUGGAAGUAACUUCAGAACAGUUAUACAAAAUUGGGACUAAGAGUGGAAUUUUGAACAAAUUAUACUGUAGGUCCGAAUUCGACGGGUGUGAAGAAAAGUUUCUCCGACAACAUGAGGUGCCGAACGUGACAAUUGCAUUACGAACUGUUGCAAAGAACGUCGCUACUGGAACAGGACAAGGUUAUGCACGAUGUGUAUGUUUUCAGGCUGCAAAAACAACAGAUGUUUCUGCAAGAAAAAGGGGUUGCUGUGUAAUUCAAAGUGCCAUAAUAGUUUGAAUUGUACGAAUAAAUAAUUCGUCAUUGUAAAAUGACAGCCUCGUAAUAUCAUACCUUUAACAUUAUUAAGUUAUAAUUAAUAAGUAAGUAAUAAAAAAUCAUUUCAUAUUUACGAGGUUCUCAUUAUAUAGUCGUAAUUUUUUUUCUAGAGCGAAUCCACUUAACUUUUUGCCCGACAAACAAUACCCAUUAUCUGUAUUGUUACUUGUGGCCAAAGGUGCAACUUCCAAAUUAAAGACAUACUAAGUGCAAACAACUUAUUACUAGAGUAGUA